AUGCGGACGGAGUCAAGGAAGAUGCAUUUCGACAUAUCUCAGCGUGCCCUCGAACUCCUGCAGAAGCGCGGUGUGAAGUCAUUCGUGCAGCAGGCGAUACCGCAGGUCGAGGCAAUCGGCCAGGCUCUCCAGGCCACGCGGAACGAAACUUACAGGGAAAUCUUUACUCAGCUCUACCUAGGCUUUGAGAACUUAGUUCCGUCACCGUGGCGAGCAGCCGCGGUCGUCGGGCUCCUGCCAUCUUUGGUGGCCGUGGGGCUGCCGCUCCUGGCCAACCGCGGGCUCAUCGAGGCGGCUGCGGUUGCCGCCUUUUGGCUGGUCAUUCGUCCGGCCUCCGCUAUGCUGGAGGCCUCUUGGUGGUUCCUGGUGCCGGGGCCAAAAGUCUCGGCUCAGAGAAUGACCUUGGGCCUGAUCCCAGAGGCCAUGGUGACGGCGGCUCACUUUUACUGGUGCUGGGGGCUGUUUGAGCUCGUCGGCCGGCGGCGUCCGGCAUCGCAGAGGCUUCUUGCCGUCCUGUUCUUGACGGUCGUCCUGCUGCCGGUUACGCUGGCGCAGGUGUUCUUGGAGCAUCUCCAGCCUCGCCAAGCCUGCAUCUGUGCGCUGCUGGGUGACUCCCUAGGACUCCUCUUCUUCCUGGCUUUGCGCACCCCGCCGUGCUGGCGGCUCAUCACUGCGAUGCCAAGAGACCAGGCUUACAUGUGGAGCAAGGCGGCGUGGCAAGCUUGCCGGGCGGUCCCCUGA